AAAGGAGUAAAUCACGGAAAGCUGGGUGAGAGCACGACAGGCUCCCGGUUCCAGCGUUUCCACUGGAAUUGUGAUUGUGAUGCGCAGGAGUCUUUCUUCUUUGCUGCUUCUUCUUGUCUUUGUUCUUCUUUUUCUCUUUCUUCACCGGAUAUCCAAUGGAACCGUGCUGAUUGUUGUACUGUUGUUGCAGUUGCUUUGCUUUUUUCCUCGCUAUCCCUGCUCUGGCUGCUUCUUGUCGCGGUUACUCACACUGCAACCAGCUUGUGUGUUGUGGCUGUGAGGGAAAACCGAACAGCCCCGGCGGCGGACCCAAUUCUCUUUCCCCCAUCUUGGUCUGUGUGUGUAUGUGUGUGUAUGAGUGUGUUGUCGGCGUGUUACUGCCUCUCAGCACAGCACAGAAGCAGGGGGAAACAAUAAAAAGAGAAAGAAAAACACACACCAGAAAGCCCACUUUGACUGUGCUGAGCCAAACGCACAUUUAAGAAUAUUAAUUCCACGAAAGAUGAGUUCAUAUUUUGUAAACUCGCUCUUCUCGAAAUAUAAAAGUGGAGAUUCGUUACGGCCAAACUACUAUGAGUGUGGUUUCGCACAGGACCUGGCCGGCAGCCGGCCAACGGUGGUCUAUGGACCGGGAUCCGGCGCUACCUUCCAGCAUACUCCGCAGAUCCAGGACUUCUACCACCACAGCGCCUCCUCGCUCCCAAGCAACCCCUACCAGCAGAGUCCAUGCGCGGUCACAUGUCACGGCGAGCCGGGGAACUUUUAUGGAUAUGACGCACUGCAACGACAGACGAUUUUUGGAACCCAAGACGCCGACUUGGUCCAGUACAGCGACUGCAAGCUCGGUGGCGGGACCGGACUGGGCAACGAUGACACGGAGGGAACCGAGCAGAGCCCUUCGCCGACACAACUGUUUCCCUGGAUGAGGCCACAAGUAGCUGCUGGCAGAAGAAGAGGUCGGCAGACCUACAGUCGCUACCAGACUCUGGAGCUGGAGAAAGAGUUCCUGUUCAACCCCUACCUAACCAGGAAACGCCGAAUCGAGGUGUCGCACGCAUUAGCGUUGACAGAGCGGCAGGUUAAGAUCUGGUUCCAGAAUCGCAGGAUGAAGUGGAAAAAGGAGAACAACAAGGACAAGUUCCCCAGUAGCAAGAGUGAACAGGAGGCGGUGGAACGGGAGAGGAGGGAGAAGGAACUGCGAGAGGCCGGUGGUGGUAGCGGUGGAGGCAGUGGAGAAGGGAGUGGAGGGGCAAGCACGGGGUCGGGUACGGCGGGGUCUCAGGGCUCCGUCAGUGAGGACUGCUGUGAGAAAACACACAAACAAAUGUAAAGAGAGAGGCAGAGAAUUUUGAGGGAUCGGGGGUGGUUAAUCUAAAUGGCCAAUAAAGGUGAUGGUUGAAGUUGGAUCAGUGGACUAUUAAACUACCUGCUCUCUCCAUGAUUCGUCAGAUGAGUCUCCAGAAUUGUCAGAGCGAUGAGUUAGAAGGACUGAAGGUUUGAUGACUGUCAAAACCACAGGAAAGAGCUAACAGGCAAAAAAUAAA